UCUUGCUAACUCUGUGGUUCUUGCAAACUCUCUUGGGUCCUGUCCCCUUUGCUCUUAAAACAAAAGAUUCUCCAGAUUUCUCUGGUGAUCUGUCACAGUAGGGGGACCUGACUAUUGCGGAGUUUUGGAACACUGCUCUGCCUCCAGCCUUUCCCCCUCCCUGAGUGUCAAUGGUCUGUGGUACCCCCUUGACAACCUAUAUCAUGCAGGGCUCUGUAAUGCAGCCAUAGAGGUGUAUUCUUCUCUCAGUGUGGGAGAACUUGCUCUCAUAACUUGCCUGUUGAUAGGGGAGUAUUUGCACUCUUUAUUCUGGCAAAAUGGGGGAGGAUUUACUGUAGUGGGUCACCGCUCGUGCUGUGUAUCCUGCUAGUGUUUCUACCAGGGAUGUACUGAGUGUGGUAAGACUGCGUGAGGAUUUUGGUUAACAAUGAACUGUUUUUAUUCUUUGAUCACUGUGGUGGGGCUUUUUCAUCUUAAAGGGCUGCUUCCUUGCUUGAUCAUCGAGCUGUGUCGUUUGAAGGUGGCACCUUCCUAAGGUCUGAUCAUCAGCAAGGAGCUCCCAUACAGUAAUUUAUCCCAGCUUUUGCUGAAUGGGGGCAGGGUCAACCACAUGGGCAAAUCCUGCAUCCUCCUUUCCCUCCUCCCUCUGUUCCCCUCCAUGCCCGCUCUUUCUCUACAGUAUGGGGGAAGGGGAGGGUGAGACAGAAGAUACAGGAUCCGUACAUGCUCAGGUUAAAGAACUCGUUCUUGACAACUGUAGGUCAAAUGAAGGCAAAAUUGAAGGACUCACAGAUGAGUUUGAAGAGCUGGAAUUCUUAAGUACAAUCAACGUAGGCCUAAGCUCAGUUGCAAACUUACCAAAGUUAAACAAACUUAAGAAGCUCGAACUAAGCGAUAACAGAAUCUCAGGAGGACUGGAAGUAUUGGCAGAAAAGUGUCCAAACCUCACGCAUCUAAACCUAAGCGGCAACAAAAUAAAAGAUCUCAGUACAAUAGAACCUCUGAAAAAAUUAGAAAACUUGAAGAGUUUAGAUCUUUUCAAUUGCGAGGUAACCAACUUGAACGACUACAGAGAAAAUGUGUUCAAGCUCCUCCCACAACUCACGUAUCUCGACGGUUAUGACCGGGAUGACAAAGAAGCCCCAGAUUCCGAUGCAGAGGGCUAUGUGGAGGGCCUAGAUGAUGAAGAGGAGGAUGAAGAUGAAGAGGAGUAUGAUGAAGAUGCUCAAGUAGUAGAAGAUGAAGAGGAAGAUGAGGAGGAGGAGGAAGGAGAAGAGGAGGAUGUGAGCGGGGAAGAGGAGGAAGAUGAAGAAGGUUAUAAUGAUGGUGAAGUAGAUGAUGAUGAAGAAGAAGAAGAAAUUGAAGAAGAAAAGGGGCAGAAGAGAAAACGAGAACCCGAAGACGAGGGUGAUGAAGAUGAUUAAACUGAAUAACCUAUUUUGAAAGUUUCCUAUUGUGAUUUGACUGUUUUUACCCUGUAUUCUUCUCCCCUCCCUCCCCCCCCAACUUAUUUUUUUUCUGAUUGUAAUGUUGCUGUGGGAAUGAGAGGGAAAAGUGUUUUGGGUGGGCGAGGGAAAAUACUAUUUUUACUGCCACUCCUACUUUUCAUUUUUAAAUUUUUUUUGUCCCUUUUAGUUCCUGACUGUAAAUGCAAUAGUAAGUAUAAACCAAGUGGCAAUUUGUUUCUUAUUAUUGGAGUGGAUAGUUUGACAUCUUAAACUUAAGAUCACUAGAAGGUAUCCAAAGUAGGCAUACAGUCUGUUUUGAGACCGCUAAAUAUCUCUGGUUGUUGGGAUUUACCAUCUCUGCCAGUCACUAAGCAUAUUGUAAGCAUUUUUUCGGGGGGGAUGCUGCAGAUCUAGGCAAAGCAUCCAGUCCACAGCAACAGGAGUGAGAAUGGCAUAUUGAUAAAGUGAUUUCUUUGUUGCCUGUUUGUGAAUGACUGCCAUUUUCAGCCAAUGCUUUCCCUGCUUCUGUAGGUAACUCUUAUUUUGCUGUUUGUAAAUAGUGACCAAAUGUGUUUUUUGUUUUUCCUUUUGUUGAGUUCCUUUGGAUCUGGUUUAUGGGGUGACUACUUUGCAAUCCCCCUCUGUGUGUUGUGUUUUGGGGGGUUUUCCUUUCUUAUUUUUUUUGGCCUGGGGUACAGCCAAUACACUGAAAAUGGCAGGCAUUUAAAUAUAUAUAUAAAUAUAUAUAAAAAAGUGUUCCUAAUUCCUGAGUUACUAGUGAAAUGAAUUUGAAAAUUGUAAUAAAAAAAUGUUUCAACCCUUUUAAAUAAGGUGUGUACUAUUUUGGUCUGUAAUAUAGAACGACACUUAGUCAAUUUGAAGUGAUGAGAAACGACUUCCACUUGUGCUAUAUACUUUGAAAAUUUUUACAAACCUAAAUACAGGAGACAGUACAGCAUGUAGUGUAGAAGGUUUCUUUUCAUACACGCAAGCACGAAAUACUAAUACAAAAUUGUAUUUUCUUACCUAGUGGAAGUCAGUAAAAUGACUGAAAAUACCUAGUGAAUGUACAGUUUUACUUUCAUAUCCCUCUUUAAAAUAGCUUUAGAAGUGACUUGUAUUUCCUAGUCAAUAUUUCAUCUGUAUAAAUACAUUUGCAAGUUUUUUUUUCCCCAGAAGAGCCAAACUUUUGAGUUUUAUGUCUGUUUGUCAUUGAUGAAUUUCAAUAAAUCUUUUUAUACAA